AUGGAUCCCAUCAUUCCCGACGAUCCUUCAGACACAUCUCUUCCUAUUCGAAGCCCCUCUAAUUUAGAACAGCCGCCUCCCCCUCCUCCUCUCGACUUCGCUCCUCCGCCGCCCCCAGACGUGCCCGCGCCUCCUCCGCCGCCGGAGGAAGAACCACCCGCACCGCCGCCGGCGACAAAAAAGAAGAAGCAGGGAUGGGGGACUAAGCGACCUGCGCCCGCACCGUUGAGUGUGGAGGAACUGGUGAGGAAAAAGAGGGAGGCUGAUGCAGCUGCUGCUAAGCCGAAAUUCCUGUCGAAAGCAGAACGUGAGAAAAUCGCUCUGGAGAAACGCGCAAAGGAAGUCGAGGCAAAUCGACGAAUGAAAGAACAAGCGACGAAUGGCGCAGACCGCAAUAGGACACUAUUCGACGAGCCAAGUCAAGACGGAGGGUCCAUCCCGACUGGUCCUCGAGCUAUGCGCAGCUCCGUCCCGAACAAAGGCUAUGAUAUGUCACCGCCACCCGCGCCCAAGUCGAUGGCAUUCGGAUCGAAGGACUCGAAGGGCGGACCUGCUGAUAAGCGGACGGCGGAGGAUGAAGAGGCGGCCGCGCAGGCUGCUUUGAUCAAGGAAAGGUAUAUGGGAGCCGAUCAGACGUCGAACUUUUCGGCUAAGAAGAAGCGAAAGCGCACGACGGAUCGGAAGUUCAACUUCGAGUGGAACGCGGAGGAAGACACCAGCGGCGACUACAACCCGCUCUACCAACACCGACACGAGGCCAACUUCUUUGGUCGUGGCCGUCUUGCUGGCUUCGGGGACGAUGUCGCAGACACGGUGGCGAGGAAGUAUGCCCGUGCUCUCGAGGACCGGGAUCGCGAGGCGGGAGGAAUUCGGGCGAAGGAGAUCUUGGAAAUGGAGCGACGAAGGAGGGAGGAGAGCACACGCAACCAGCUCGACAAGCACUGGAGCGAAAAGAAACUGGAGCACAUGCGCGAGAGAGACUGGCGUAUCUUCAAGGAAGACUUCAACAUCAGUACCAAGGGUGGAAGUGUGCCGAACCCCAUGCGGUCUUGGGAUGAGUCUGGUCUCCCCAAUCGGAUAAUGGAACUUGUUAGUCGGGUUGGCUACAAGGAGCCCAGUGCUAUCCAGCGUGCUGCCAUUCCGAUUGCCUUGCAAAACCGGGAUCUUAUUGGUGUUGCCGUGACUGGUUCGGGUAAGACCGCGGCGUUCUUGCUGCCCUUGCUCGUGUACAUCGCUGAGCUACCGCGGAUCGAUGAGUUCGAGUGGAGGAAGAACGAUGGUCCUUAUGCGAUUGUCCUGGCACCCACGCGUGAAUUGGCGCAGCAGAUCGAGAUCGAAGCUAAGAAGUUUACGCAACCGCUUGGAUUCAACGUCGUCAGUAUCGUUGGUGGUCACUCCCUCGAGGAGCAAGCCUACAGCCUGCGGGAUGGUGCUGAGAUUAUCAUCGCAACGCCGGGUAGAUUGGUUGACUGCAUCGAGCGACGGAUGCUCGUGUUGAGUCAAUGUUGCUAUGUCAUUAUGGAUGAAGCUGACCGUAUGAUCGACAUGGGCUUCGAGGAACCUGUGAACAAAAUCCUCGACGCCCUCCCCGUGUCCAACGAGAAGCCCGACUCCGAAGAAGCAGAGAAUCCCAACGUGAUGAGCCGACAUAUCGCAGGCAAAGACCGCUACCGCCAAACCAUGAUGUAUACAGCCACCAUGCCAUCCGCCGUGGAACGCAUCGCCCGGAAAUACCUCCGCCGCCCAGCAAUCAUCACUAUCGGAAGCGUCGGCGAAGCCGUUGACACAGUCGAGCAACGCGUUGAGAUGAUUCCUGGCGAAGACAAGCGCAAGAAGCGUCUCGCCGACAUUCUCUCCUCUGGCGACUUCCGGCCCCCGAUCAUCGUCUUCGUCAACAUCAAACGCAACUGUGAUGCUAUCGCGCGAGAAAUCAAGCAAAUGGGCUUCUCCUCUGUUACCUUGCACGGAAGCAAGACGCAAGAACAGCGUGAAGCUGCCUUGUCCUCUGUACGGAACGGUAGCACGGAUGUACUCGUCGCCACCGAUCUUGCGGGUCGUGGUAUCGAUGUCCCGGAUGUCAGUCUGGUCGUUAACUUCAACAUGGCCAAUACCAUUGAAAGCUACACGCAUCGUAUCGGUCGUACAGGUCGUGCUGGAAAGAGUGGUGUUGCUAUUACCUUCUUGGGUAAUGAGGAUACAGAUGUUAUGUACGACCUCAAGCAAAUGCUCAUGAAGUCACCCAUUUCCCGCGUCCCUGAAGAGCUGCGCAAGCACGAAGCUGCUCAAUCGAAGCCGAACCGGAUGGGCAGGAAGAAUGAAGAUGCUGGUGGGAAGUCGGGUUGGUAG